GGCUAGGAGUGGGGCUCUACUCGGUCUUACUACCAGGUCCAUUUUAGGUUGGGCUCAUAAGCCUACAGCAGCGUGGUUUUUUUAAGAAAGAGAAGCAAAGAAAGAAAAGGACAGCCUGUAUCAGCAUUAUCAGUGGGAAUACUGCGCAUAUGUUCUGAACGGUAUUAAGACAGUUAAACAGGACUGCGCGGAGUCAUCUGUCCUACAGGCAAAAGAGGCUUAUUUAAAGGAAGUGGCAAAGAGGAUUUCUCAGUGAGCACGGCAGAAAAAUGAACUCCGGAGAAGAACCUGAGUAUCCUCGAAUCCUAAUUCAGUAUCAAAAUGGAUUUUUAAUAUCAAAGGUGAUGUUUGCUGCCUGUGAGUUGGGAAUAUUUGACCUCCUGAGAGAGUCAGGAGAGAGUCUAUCCUCGAAGGUCAUUGCGGAACGACUGGGGAGUAGCCUUCAUGGGAUGGAGCGGCUUCUGGAUGCCUGUGUGGGUUUAAAGCUUCUGAGCAUAGAAGUGAAACAGGAAGGAGCUUUUUACAGAAACACGGAUAUAUCUAAUCUCUACCUCACAAAAUCUGGUCCAAAGUCUCAGUAUUACAAUUUGAUGUACUACUCCAAAACCAUCUAUCUGUGCUGGCACUACCUGGCAGAUGCUGUAAGGGAAGGGAAAAACCAAUAUGAGAGAGCAUUUGGUAUUUCACCAAAAGAUGUAUUUGACGCUCUUUACAGAUCAGAGGAAGAAAUGACAAUGUUCAUGCAUGGAUUGAAUGCAGUUUGGAGCAUAUGUGGCAGAGAUGUGGUCACUGCAUUUGAUCUUUCUCCAUUCAUGGUAAUUUAUGAUCUUGGAGGGGACUUUUUUAAAGAUCCAAUUCCAGAAGCUGACCUGUACAUUUUAGCAAGGAUCCUCCAUGACUGGACAGAUGAGAAAUGUGUACAUCUUCUCACAAAAGUGCAGAAUGUCUGCAAACCUGGUGGUGGAGUUUUACUGGUUGAAACACUUCUGAAUGAAGACAAAAGCGGGCCAUUGGAAAGCCAGCUCUACUCUGUUAACAUGCUGGUUCAAACAGAAGGAAAAGAACGGACCCCAACAGAGUACAGCAAUCUACUCACAGCAGCUGGUUUCAAGGAGGUUGAAAUCAAGAAGACUGGAAAGCUCUAUGAUGCCAUUUUAGGAAGGAAAUAAUAUAAUCUGUACUGUUUAGAUCAUAACAUGCAAAUAAAGUACGAAUAAUAAUAGAGUUUGAUUCAAGUGGGGAGAAAUGCAAUUCACUUCAAUAGUUCAGAAUAGCAAUUAUAAUAUCAAUGGCGAACGAACAGCUAAAACGUGUUACAGUACUUAUUUAUUUAAUUACAGUCUAAUUAGCUUAAAACACCACCUACCUGGCCUUUUCUCUUUAGAGUCUCAUCCUAAGCUUGCCUUACAUUUUGCAUAGUACAUAAUUUUAAAAGUAACCCCCCCUCAGCUUUUGUCUAGGGAAAGUGUAUUGUUGUGAAGUGCUAAAACCACACCAAAGGUGAAAGAUCAGUAAUGGAGCAGUGGUUAACAGUUCAGUGGGAGCACAGUAUUAAGAACCUUACAUGGAUGGCAGGCAACGUUCUCAAGAGGACACUUGCAGCAAAGAAGGCAAUGGACCCAAUUUGGUCCUAGCUUGGACAAUGUGAAUAUGUUGUAAAGCACAGAUGGACGACUUGUGACCCUCCAGGUAUCGUUAGUCUGCAACUUUUUCGUUCACUGCUGGCUGUGCUUGCUAAGGCUGAUGGGAACUGUAGUCCAGCAACAUCAAGAGGGCCACAGUUUGCCCACCUCUGUUAUAGUGCAAAAUUAAAUCU